GGCGUGAAGGCCGAGCGCCCGGGGUGGGGCUCUGAACACCGUGGCUGGGACGCCCUGCCCGCCGCUACGCGCUUCCAUUGGCUGCCCAGGCCCGGGCGGGGGCUCCGUCUCCGGCCUCCGCCUCUCUCGGCGUCCACACUCGCAGCGCGGAGCGCGGCGGCCGGGCUGGACCUCGCUGGACCUCGCUGGACCUCGCUGGACCUCGCUGGCCCGCGGCGCCAUGAGCCGCAGUCUGGACGCCGCGCGGAGCCUCCUGGAGCGGCUGGAAGCGCGGGGCGGCCGGGAGGGGCCCGUCCUCGCCGGCGAGUUCAGCGACAUCCAGGCCCGCUCAGCCGCCUGGAAGGCUGAUGGCAUGUGCUCCACCAAGGCCGGCAGUCGGCCAGAGAACGUGAGGAAGAACCGCUACAAAGACGUGCUGCCAUAUGAUCAGACGCGAGUAAUCCUCUCCCUGCUCCAGGAAGAGGGACACAGCGACUACAUUAAUGGCAACUUCAUCCGGGGCGUGGAUGGAAGCCUGGCCUACAUUGCCACUCAAGGACCCUUGCCUCACACCCUGCUAGACUUCUGGAGACUGGUCUGGGAGUUUGGGGUCAAGGUGAUCCUGAUGGCCUGCCGAGAGAUAGAGAACGGGCGGAAAAGGUGUGAGCGGUACUGGGCCCAGGAGCAGGAGCCAGUGCAGACUGGGAUUUUCUGCAUCACUCUGAUAAAGGAGAAGUGGCUGAAUGAGGACAUCAUGCUGAGGACCCUCAAGGUCACAUUCCAGAAGGAGUCCCGUUCUGUGUCCCAGCUACAGUUUAUGUCCUGGCCAGACCGUGGGGUCCCCAGCAGUCCUGACCACAUGCUUGCCAUGGUGGAGGAAGCCCGUCGCCUCCAGGGAUCUGGCCCUGAACCCCUCUGUGUCCACUGCAGUGCCGGCUGUGGGCGAACAGGUGUCCUGUGCACCGUGGAUUACGUGAGGCAGCUGCUCCUGACCCAGAUGAUCCCACCUGACUUCAGCCUCUUUGAUGUGGUCCUUGAGAUGAGGAAGCAGCGGCCUGCGGCCGUGCAGACAGAGGAGCAGUACAGGUUCCUGUACCACACGGUGGCCCAGAUGUUCUGCUCCAUGAUCCAGAAUGCCAGCCUCCACUACCAGAACAUCAAAGAGAAUUGUGCCCCACUCUACGACGAUGCCCUCUUCCUCCGGACUCCCCAGGCACUUCUCGCCAUACCCCGCCCACCAAGAGGGGUCCUCAGGAGCAUCUCGGUGCACGGGUCUCCGGGCCACGCCAUGGCUGACACCUACGCGGUGGUGCAGAAACGCGGGGCUCCAGCGGGCGCCGGGCCGGGGACGGAGACCGGGACGGGGGCGCGCAGCGCGGAGGAGGUGCCGCUCUACAGCCAGGUGACGCCGAGCGCCCAGCGGCCCAGGGCGCACGCGGAAGACGUGCGGGGCACGGUGCCUGGCCGCGUUCCUGCUGACCAAAGUCCUGCCGCAUCUGGCGCCUACGAGGACGUGGCGGGUGGAGCUCAGACCGGUGGGCUAGCCUCUGCACACCGCAGCUUCUUCCUGAGACCCACGGUACCCUUCCUCUCCCAGGUUUCAACCUGCGCACUGGGAGGCCGAAGGGGCCCCGGGAUCCCCCUGCUGAGUGGACCCGGGUGUGAAUCUGCGCCAGCUCCUGCCUGUUGCCUCGUGUGAGCUCGGACUGCUGAUGUCCCGGCGCUGCUGAGCGCCGUGUGCAGAAUGGAAACAGUGCGCCUGAAUCAAAAUAAAAGUUUCUCAGGGUGGGAAAUGCGGGGGCUUUGCCCCAGUGACUGUAGAAUUCAAGGCUGGAGACUGGAGGAGGCAGGUUUGGUAUAAUGGCUGGUGAGGCUACACGGAGCAGAUUCAAGAAAGAAGAUCAGGAAGGGGCAUGGCCCCUGAGUUAUGAAGGGGAGAAUGGACAGAUGAGCUUCCAGAGACUGCUCUCCUCACCACAUAAUGCACUGGUCCAUCCUCAACACCUGAGCCUGCCUCACUUGAACACUCAGGGGACCACACAGAGAAAUGGAUGGACCCCUCGCCAUCCGGGCAGACCGAUAAAAAGACCUCCAGAUGGGCAGAUAGACGGAUGGACCACCAACCUGGACAGACAGCCAAACCUUCAGAGAUACAGUCCACAGGUGGACAAAGGGACCCCUCAGCCAGAGAGACACCAAGCAGCCCCCAAAAGACAGACACCUCUGCCAGCUGGACAGCCAGGUGGACCCCUAAGUUAGACAGAUGUAAACAGAUUCCCAGCUGAACAGACACACAGACUUCUCAGACCCUACCCCCAUCUCCCAGGUGGGCUGGCUGGCUGAAAAGACCUUCUGGUCAGACAGACUCCUAACCAACCAGAUGGACUGCCAGACAGACAGACAUCAGCCACAUGGAAUCCUGACAUCCCAGGCAGCCAGCCAGACUCUCAUCUUGAUGGGUGAACCCCAGUUGGUUGGUCAGACAUGAUCCUCCAGAUUGACAGAGAAGUCCCCCAAAUGAGUACAUAUCUCCAGCUAUUCAGACAGAUGGACCCCCAGCAAAUCAGGCCCUAUCUAGACCGCAGCCAAGCAGACCCCCAACCAGACUGACCCCUUGCUGUUCACACAGCUUCCCGAGUAGCUGGGACUACAGGUCUAAUUUUUUUUUUUUUUUUUUUUUUU